AUGCCUAGAGACCACGAGAGACGCGCCCGCUCCAGGUCACAUGACCGACACAGAAGUCGUGGUGAUAUACAUGAGCGUUCGCGGAGACGUCAAGAUCGCAGAGAUCGCGACUACGAUGAAAGAGACGUGGACAGAGACAGGCAUCGACAUGAAAGAGAGAGGAGAGAUCGCGAUGGCCGAAGGAAACAAGAACACAACCACAGCGAGGAGAAGUGGAAACGUCGUUCACGGUCUCGUAGUCCUGUGACUAAGACUGAGAAAGAGGUUGUGGAAUAUGUGGAAGAAGCACCAGUAGAACCUGAAACUGAGGAAGAAGCUGAGAUGUUACGCACGAUAGGCUUCUGCAGUUUCGGUACAACUAAAGGGAAGCAUGUGAUUGGGAACAAUAUUUAUGUAGCCAAUAUAGCUAAACAGCGGAAGUACCGUCAGUAUAUGAACCGGCGAGGAGGUUUUAAUCGACCUCUCGACCCUGUUGCUUAAAUAUUGUGUUGUAUGUAUUACUGUUUUCGUCUCAAGACGCUAGUUAAAACAAAAAGGUGGUCAACAAAAGAUUUGUGUAAAUAAAAUUCUAACAUUUUGUAAGUAUUAAACUUUAUAGAUGUGAUAACCAUGCACUAUGUGAUGCUUGGUUACAGUUUACAAUACAGAUUAACGCCAGAAAUAAUAGGCGCAUUGAAGAGUUCGCUAUUCUCUGUUCGAUACACUUUGUGUUUAGAGUGAGCUAACUUUUACUGUGU